AUGGCGACGUAUGGAAUGAUUGUCAUAAUUUUAAUGUUGUUUUUAACACGAAUCACUGCUCAGGACGUGAUAAACAUAGCUCAGGGAAAGAUCCGCGGCGUCCUUAGAGAUGGGUUCGUUUCUUAUCAAGGUAUUCCGUACGGCUCGAUAAGUGGAGUCAAUGGAAGAUUUAAGCAUGCUGGACUUGCGCCUACGUGGACAAACGUCAGAGAAUCGAACGAGAUACAAUGCUACUCAAGUUCACCAGUCGAGGAUUGUUUACAUUUGGACGUCCACGUUCCGCAUGGGUCGAAUCUGCCGGUCUUGGCCUGGAUAACUGGGGGUAGUGGUCGGUAUAACCCCACGUUGCUGGUGAAGCAAGGAAUUGUCAUAGUGACUAUCAGGCACAGGUUGGGACCAGUAGGCUUUUUAUGUUUAAGCGAAGAUAAAGUCUCAGGCAAUGCAGGUUUAAAGGACGUGGUACUGGCUUUACGAUGGGUUAGGGACAACAUUAUUGCUUUUCAUGGAAACCCAAAUAAAGUUAUAAUAGCUGGACAAAGCUUUGGAGCUGCUUUAGUAGAAUCCUUGAUGCUGACACCAAUGGCUUCCGGGUUGUUCCAUGGGGCUAUUCUACAAAGUGGAACAGUUUUAGCCCCUUGGGCCUUUAACUAUGAUGCCGAAAAUCGAGCAAAAUUCUUAAAAAUGAAUUUUGACGAAAGUAAAGACAUGCACUUUUUAAACAAAGUUGGGAUUGCAGAUCUAGCAGAAAAAGCUGAAGAUCUCGAGGUUCCCUACUUGCCGUUUGGUAUCUGCAUAGAAAAACCGUUAAAGAGUGAAGAAAGAUUAUUAUCUCAGUCGCCUUUUGACAUUAUGUCGACUGGAAACAUGUCUAAAGUCCCGAUGAUAGUGGGGUACACUAAUAACGAAGCGUACGUGUUUGCUUCAAUGCUGAAAAGCUCAAAAGCUUUAACGAAAAUGUCUAAGGGAAUGGAUUUCUUGCUUCCGAGUGAAUUACAAACGAACAAAAGAGAUGUACCACAACUAGCUAACAAAGUCCAUGAUAUGUACUUCGACGGGAACAAGACGAUGGCAUCGCUGUUAGCUUACCACAGAGACGCCUACUUCUUGGGUCAUAUUCACAGGAGCGUACGCCUUCACGCUUCUUUUAGCGACUCUGUGUAUUACUACCAGUUCUCUUACUUGGGGAAUGUGGGUGUGGAAGGAGAACCAGGCGUGAUCAAGACAGGCGCAGCGCACUCGGAUGAAUUGGCAUACUUGUUCCCAGCGAAGGGCGAGAAAUUAGAUGAUGAAGAAGGAAUAGUACAAGAGAAUAUUAUACGACUUUGGACAAAUUUCGUGAAGCAUUUGAAUCCAACGCCGGAAAGUGAACAUUUCCUGUGGGAGCCCGUAAAUCCUCAUGAUGUUCGGAUCUUGGAUAUUAACGUGGAUUUAAACAUGGUAGAAUUUCCUUAUAAAAGGAAAACGCAGAUGUGGAAAGAUAUUUAUGAGAAAUAUUACUUCGAAAACAGAAGGAACAGCGCUCAGUAAUCUUAUAAACAUGUUUUAUAU